CCAGGCCCUCUUCCCGCGGGUUCCUGGCCUUCAUCUGGUCCAAGGUCCCCCUCCUUCUGUAGUGGUCUGGCUGGGGCCAUGGUCACCAUCCGAGCCCUGAGCUCCCCUUGGACCCAGGCCUUGAGACGCGGGUGGGGGUACUGUGUGCCCGCAUCUGCGCAUCACCUGGAAGCAGGCCUCUGCGGCAUCCGCCGGCAGGACCCAGACCCUUCCCAGGUCUAUCGGCCUGAUAUGGACCCAGAGGCGGCCAAAGACAAGGGCAGCUUCCGAAACUACACGUCUGGCCCGCUGCUGGACCGGGUCUUCCGCACCUACAAGCUGAUGCACACGUGGCAGACCGUGGACUUCGUCAGGAAGAAGCACGCCCAGUUCGGGGGCUUCUCCUACAAGAGAAUGACUGUCUUGGAGGCCGUGGACAUGCUAGACGGGCUGGUGGACGAGUCCGACCCCGACGUGGACUUCCCCAACUCCUUCCACGCCUUCCAGACGGCCGAGGGCAUCCGGAAGGCCCACCCUGACAAAGACUGGUUCCACCUCGUCGGGCUCCUGCAUGACCUGGGGAAGGUCCUGGUUCUGGCAGGGGAACCCCAGUGGGCCGUCGUUGGAGACACCUUCCCUGUGGGCUGCCGUCCGCAGGCCUCUGUGGUUUUCUGCGACUCUACCUUCCAGGAUAACCCUGACCUUCAGGACCCUGUCUACAGCACAGAGCUUGGCAUGUACCAGCCCCACUGUGGGCUCGAGAAUGUCCUGAUGUCCUGGGGCCACGAUGAGUACAUGUACCAGAUGAUGAAGUUCAACAAAUUCUCCCUCCCAGGAGAGGCCUUCUACAUCAUCCGCUUCCACUCCUUCUACCCGUGGCACACGGGCGGCGACUACCGGCAACUGUGCAACGAGCAGGACCUGGCCAUGCUGCCCUGGGUGCAGGAGUUCAACAAGUUCGAUCUCUACACCAAGGGCUCCGACCUGCCGGACGUGGACGAGCUGCGGCCCUACUACCAGGGGCUCAUUGACAAGUACUGCCCCGGUGUCCUGUGCUGGUGACCGACCUGUCCACCUGCCCAAGCCUGGCUGGGUACCCCGGGUGACAGUCGCUGUCAGGCACAGGGAUGACCCACCGCGGCCUUUCCAGGGGUCCCCACAGGCCCACCUGCACUCCCUGCCCGGUUGGCCCCCAUCCCCAGGGGCAAUAAAAGCCUCGAAACAGC